UUGGCAACUUGGAAAUGUGGUAGGAGAUUAUUGGAGGCUGCAUUGGGAUGGGUGUGUGUGUGUGUUGUGCACUGUGUAUGUGACUAUACAAGAUCCUUUCCCUCCAUCCUUCAUACAGAGUAGUUGCUAUUGCAGUCUGUGCUAGUGAUUGUGCCGGUGCCAGGACUAAAACAGAUUAACACGUGAUGAAGAGCAGCUUGAUAAAUGGGACCUGAGAGCACUGGGACCAAAAGGAAAAACACAAAGCAGACGAGCAGAGCUGCGAGUGGAGGAGAGAGCGGGGCUCAGCCAAGGGGAGCAAGUCAGCAGAAAGCAAACAGCAGGCAAGCAGAAGGACAAGUGUCAGUGUCACAGGCGACUCUGUGGCAGAACAUGAAUGCCAGCAGGUGCCCACAUCUCAGUGUUGGUGGACUGGACUGAAGAUCACAGCACAGAUACAUGAAGUGGAUAACGACGCAUCAUCUCUUCACCAUAGCUGUGGGUAUCUCAGUGUGUGUGCAUGCCCAUCUAUAACUAGGACUAAGCUCCUGCCACCCAGUCACUUUCUUCUACCUGUGCCCGGGGCACUGUACUCCAAUGCUCCCUCUUGGGGGCAGCAGAUCAGUGUGAAAAUACAUUAGAGGACAGCGCAAAGCAUAGUCCGGUCUACAAGUUCCCCAGAACCCCAAAGAAUAGAGAGAGCUGGAGCCUCCACCAAGAAUCAGGAGCCUGGUACAUGGAGAAAGGCUUCAUACUGUGACAUGUGAACAAGGAUUGAAAUUUACACAUUACAUAUAUCUGGAUUACCUUGGAAACUGAUCGUUCAACAUGGGAGUUCCCUUCUGAUAUUAAGCCCUCCACUUAGCUGCAGAAUGACACACUGGGCUGGGUACUUCCCAGGCCAGAUAUACGGAAGCUCAGAAAUCACAUGGCGAAACGGAACAGGACACUGGAGGCAUUGCAGGAGUGCUGGAGGUGGUGAUCAUCCUCUCCAUUCUUUCCUCUGGAAGAAUUUUAACUUAAGUCUGAGGUAAUGAAGUCUAUCUUGGAUGGCCUGGCGGACACUACAUUCAGAACAAUUACAACUGACCUUUUAUACAUGGGACCAAAUGAAGUUCAAUAUGAAGACACAAAGGGUGAUAUUUCAAAACUGGGUUAUUUCCCACAGAAAAUGGCUUUAUCCUCAUUUCAAGAAAAAAUAAUUGAUGGUCAAAGUAGUCCACAUCUGGAUCCAUUUAAUGCAAGUGAUUAUUUCAACAAGACAAUUACUUCUCUUAAAGAUGGUGAAGACAAUGUACAGUGUGGGAACAACUUCAUGGACAUGGAAUGCUUUAUGAUUCUUAAUCCAAGUCAACAGCUAGUUAUUGCUGCUCUUUCCAUAACCUUGGGUACAUUUACUGUCCUGGAAAAUAUGCUUGUGCUUUGUGUCAUCUUGUACUCACGUAGUCUGAGAUGCAGACCCUCCUAUCAUUUUAUUGGCAGCUUGGCAGUGGCUGAUCUUCUAGGCAGUGUCAUUUUUGUCUACAGUUUUGUUGAUUUUCAUGUUUUUCAUCGGAUAGACAGUCCUAAUGUUUUUCUGUUCAAACUAGGAGGCGUCACUGCUUCCUUUACAGCCUCAGUUGGCAGUCUGUUUCUUACUGCAAUAGACAGGUACAUCUCGAUACAUAGGCCUUUGUCUUAUAAAAGAAUAGUCACGAGGACAAAAGCUGUCAUUGCAUUCUGUAUGAUGUGGACCAUAGCUAUAGUCAUAGCUGUUCUUCCUCUGUUUGGAUGGAAUUGCAAGUUGCUAAAAUCCGUAUGCUCAGAUAUUUUCCCCCUUAUUGAUGAAUCAUAUUUAAUGUGUUGGAUUGGGAUAACCAGUGUUCUCUUGCUGUUUAUAGUGUAUGCAUAUAUGUAUAUAUUAUGGAAAGCUCACCACCACGCUGUGAGAAUGCUACAACGUGGUACUCAAAAAAGCAUCAUAGUUCACACAUCAGAAGAUGGCAAGGUGCACAUCACUAGACCGGACCAGACUCGUAUGGAUAUUAGGUUAGCCAAGACACUGGUCCUUAUAUUGGUGGUGUUAAUAAUUUGUUGGGGUCCUCUUCUUGCUAUUAUGGUUUAUGAUGUUUUUGGGAAGAUGAACAAGACAGUAAAGACAGUGUUUGCCUUCUGCAGCAUGCUUUGCUUGCUUAAUUCAACUGUGAAUCCCAUCAUCUAUGCCCUUCGAAGCAAAGACUUAAGAAAUGCAUUUUGUAGCAUGUUCCCUGCGUGUCAAGGGACUGCACAACCUCUUGAUAACAGCAUGGAGUCAGACUGUCAGAAUAGACAUGCUAACAAUGCCCACAGAGCAGCUGAAAGCUGCAUUAAAAGCACUGUUAAGAUUGCCAAAGUGACCAUGUCUGUGUCCACAGAUACAUCUGCUGAAGCAGUAUAGGUCAGUCAUAAUGGUAGAAAAUAAAUUAGGAAAAGCUUGCCCUUUUAACAAUGGUAAUUUUCAGUAAAAGAAAAAGAGUAGUAUGUCUUCUAUCCAUGAAAAGCUGAAGCAUUCACAAUGUGAAUCAUGUGAAACAACAACAAUGCCAUUUUCAAUUAAUUAUCUUACUCUCCUUAGUUUAGAAAAAAGCACUAAUUUUAUUAUACAAAAUAUUUUUUAAUUAUAUAGUUUAAUUUAUUUUGAAAAAGAAGUGAGCUGAACAAUUCAGACAUAGAUUUACAUUUUUUAAAGCAUUGUUUAUAGUCUUUGAAUAUCUGUGUUGUCCUUCUGGACCUUUACUUACGUAUUGUACUUGUCAAAAGGAAAAUGAAACAGUACCUCACAUCACUUGUACAAAAUUUACUCUAAAUAUUUUAAGGAAUUAGAGGUAAUCUAAUAGAUUGAUAAACACAAAUACGGCAUAGGAUUUACUUUACCUGCACAAUACAUGGUAACCUUGGUACGCACUUGGGCUUUUUACGGAAUAUGGAAUACCGUUUGACCUUGAGCAUUAGGAAAAUGCUCUUUAACUAAAGACUAGGGUAUAACUUAUUCACAGUUGAGUUACUUCCCAUUGACAACAAAAAAAAUCUAGGCUUGUCUUAAAACAUUUUAUGUUUGUAUGGGAGGAAAUCAAUGGCUCCUGCAGGCAAAGGCAAUGAAGGCCAAUGAGUUUGUGCAAAGAAACACAUUGUACAAUGGUAUUGUUGUGAAUUUAAUGUACUUUUCUUAGAAGUAGUUUGGCAUCAGUAAUAUACACUACUGAUAUCCCAUAUGUUCUACAUAUUCAGGAUAUCCAUGUAAUCUAUUAAAAAUCUACAACUUUUAGUAAGUUUAUUCUAUUGUCACAAAUAAGUGUAUUUUGUUUGUAUAAGUCGGUGUAAUGUGCAUGUCUGUUUGUAAAUAAUGAAAUAGGUCAUCGUAUUAAAAAAAAUGACCGCUACUAUGACUAAGUUAAACUUAUAGCUCUUGUUGCACUAUUUGCACAUGAAUUCAGUUUCUAAAAUUGAGUUCUACGGAGGUAUUAUAAUGACUGACAAUGACAUAUUCUCCUGUAUUAGUUAUUGAGAUCUCUGAACAAUUAGAUUUCAUGAAGAGUUGCUGACUAAAAAUAAAUAACACAUUAAUAUUACCCAAAUAAAAUGAUAAGGAAGGUCUUUCCCCUCAUGUUAUAAAGUGAGUCUGGCCUAGAUAUAAGUGUAUUAUAAGCUUCAUCUUUGAAAAUUAUUAGAAGUAAAAUAAAUAUCCUGAAAAAUAUUUUUCAUUGGUAAUAUAGAAAUGUUUAGCUGCACUUUAAUAUAACAGUAUCCAAUUUGCUGAUAAAACUUACACAUGCACUUCAUCAAAAUACCUAUUUUUAUAUCUUUAAUAAACUUAAUAAACUUGCACAGUCUCCCCACUGAGGAAACCACAGCCUGAACAUCAGGGUUCUAUUUGACUUCUAAGGGUUAUAGUAUUUUGUCAACGUUCACUAUGGUCGAACACUCAAGUUGAAUAUGAUUGCGUACAUUAAUAAAUGCAGUAUAUUUGAUCAUUUAUUUAUAUAUAGAAAAAAGACUUCAAAAAAUGUUCGGCACUCACCACAUCUUCUUAAGAGUAUCUUCUUUAUUAAUACUCACAUGUCCAGUACAGGGGAGGAAGACAUACAGAGAGGGGGGGGGGGGUACCACAAGGUGACAGCACUGUUUCGUACUAGAGUGUGCUUAAACUGAGGCCACUCUUCAGAAGACGUGGUGAGUGCCGACCAUUUUUUGAAGUCUUUUUCUAUAUGUUGCUUGCUGCACUUGAAGUCAGAGCACCACUAUACACUUCACAAUAGGACUUAGUCCAUACACAGUGUUGAGGAUCUGAGUGUCAUCGCAGUGCCGAACUGUUAUUGCUCCAUACACACAUUUAUUUAUAUAUUUAUUUAUUAAUUUAUCUGUUUAUUUAUUUAUGUAUUUUUUUAUCUAUUAAAAACAGCAUUAUCUAUGUGAGAAUACCAUAUGACAUAAAGAGUAAUCAUUCUUAAAAUCUCCAGAACAUAAUAUUUUUUUUUUCUUUUUACUUCCUAUAUUGUUUAAUAUUCUGUUAUACCAUGCAUCACACACGACCACCUCAGGCCCUGUGCAAGACAUAAUACAAUUAUGUUGGCUCCCUAAAUUUAUAUCAUUCCAAAAGUGUGUGAGAGUGCCUCUUGCCCCCAACUCCCCCCUCCCUCCCACGAAAAAAACCAAAAAAAAAAAACAA